AUGGGGGACGUGGUGGAGGAGCGGUCGGAUGAGGGCAGCGGCGUGUUCGACAUCGGCGCGUUCGACACGGACAGCGACGACGGGGCCUGCGAGACGGACACCGGCCUCGUCGGCGCGUGUUCGGCCGACCACAGCGUGCAGGAGACGGAGACGGAAGCGGAGACGGAGGCUGAGACGGACGACCUGAACAGGGAGACGACCGAGCUGCUGGCCUCCGCUCUAGAGGAUGCCUAUGACGCCCUGCUUCGGCGCGGCAUCACAGCGGAGCUCGUCCCUGGAUCGCCGGCGCUGCUGAUGCACUUGCCCGUGCACGAGGGGAGCAGGGGAGUGCUGGCAUGCGAUGAGUGGAUCGGGGUGUUCGCGAGGUUUGAGAGGAUUCCGGGGGGCUGGGCGCCACCCAGGGUGGCCCUGUCGCCGGAGGAGGGCACGGGGAGCGCCGUGGCGCGCUACUGGCGCGCCUUCGGCGGCUGGCCGGCGGUGUCGGACACGACGGGGAUCUGCUACGUCAAGGCGCUGAUGAUGUCGGUGCGCAACGACCUGGAGGUGGUGUUCCUGGCGGAGGCGCCGGGCCUGGCGGCGGAGAGGGUGCGGGAGCGGCUGUCGGUGCAGAGCGAGAACUACGCCGGGGUGUUCCAGUUGCCGGCGGACACGAGGGAGGUGGGCGAGGCGGUGAAGGAGAUCGUGGCGGAGAGCCUGGGCGUGCUGGGCACGCGCUCGAGGCGCAACGCGGUGGCCAUGUUGGCCGACGUGCUCACCAGCAACCUGCGGCGCCUGGGCGAGCGGUGCUACCUGUGCGGCGCGCGGCACAGGCCGGCCGUGGAGGCCGGCGUGCCCAUGCCCUGCUGCAACGAUCUGUGCAGGUUCAGGAGCUGUGACACAAUGUACGUGAACUUGUACUCGGACGUCAAGAGGCGGCCCCUGGUGGUGCAGCUGUUGAUGAGGCUGGCGCUGAGCGCUGUCGAAUCUGGCAGGGGGGAUAAGAUCUUCAACCCCGCCCCUCCCGGACUAGAUUUACAGCGCCUGGGCAAGAUCAUAUCAAAGCUGCCGCCCAUGGAUGAAUUGUCGGACUGCACAAACGAGGCCGAGGUGAAAGACGUGAUGCGGAAGGCGGGCAGGAGCUGCUACGAGGUGCUCUGGUGGAUCAUCAUGAACAUCCCCAACCACAUCGCGGAGUUGCCCCCCGACGGCGUCGCCGCCGUCGUGGACGACCUCCGCGGCAACCCCGCCCCCGGGGGCGCUGGGCCGCCCCCCAGCCUGGCCGCCGCCCCCGACGUCCGCGUCUUCAAGGUCGCCAGCCAACUCACGAGCCUCAACCGUCUCUUCCUGGAUCGGCGCCGCAUGUUCGGAUACGCCUACGCCUUCCACGGCUCCAGGCUGGAGAAUUGGUACAGCCUGCUGAAGCACGGGGCGAGGAACAUGAGCGGCCAGGGCGGAUACCAGCUGAACGGCGCUGCCCACGGGCCUGGGGUGUACCUGGGGCUGACUUACGAUAUGUCGGCGGGGUAUGCCAGAGGGGGGGGCUUGUCGGUGGUGGCGGUGUGUGAGGUCGUCAGGGGCCCGGAGAUGGCGGCGUGGCACAAGGGGUCCUGCCUGGUGGUUCCGCAGUCGGAGUGCGUCAGCAUCAAGUACCUCAUCGUGAAGGGCCUGGACGCGUGA